GUAGGAGUUCCUUUGGUAUCCCGGAUGAGGCCGAGCGGACUGGCCGGAAGAAGGAAAGCAGAAGAUGUUUCCCUGAGAAAAAAAGAAAAUAGACUGGAGCUAUGUCUAUUUUCUGUAAAAUCUUACUGAAACCAGAGGUUGAGGAAUAUCUCAGGGCUACAUUUAAAAAUGCUGAGAUUACAACAUUUAUUGGUUCAUUGAAAGCAGAAGAGAAAUAUGAGUCCUUGUUAAAUAACCUAGCACAUCCACCAGCUUUUACCAGUGUUCGGGUAAACACACAUUUGGGUUCUGUAGAAUAUGUAAGGCAUCUGCUUUCCAAAGAGAUCCAAAAGCAGUAUGAAAAUCUUACUGUUCCAGUUCUACAACAUCCAGAACUUCCUGACAUGUUACUUAUUCCUGUUCUUGGACCCAGAAAGGAUCUGCAAAGAUUGCCAAAUGAAGUAGUUGUUGAUGCACAGUGUGGAAGUGCUGUGCUUCGUGGAGCACAUGUUUAUGCUCCUGGGAUUAUAUCUGCUUCAAAAUUCAUGAAAGCUGGAAGUGUGGUUUCUGUGUACUCUGAUAUUGAAGGGAAAUGCAAAAGAGGAGCCAAAGAGUUUUCCGGCAAUAAAGUUUUCAUUGGAAAUGGGAUUUCAGAACUGAGCCGCAAUGAAAUAUUUACUUCUAGUGGUCCAUUGAAAGGUUUGGGAAUAAAAAUGACUGAACCAAUUUACCGUAGUCCCUCAUUUGACAAUAUGUUAUCCAGUUAUGUAUUUUUACAGAAUUUGCCCUCAUCAGUUGUGAGUUACGUUUUAAAUCCUCAGUCAGGACAAAGAGUCUUGGAUAUGUGUGCUGCUCCUGGGGGCAAAACUACCCACCUUGCAACUCUAAUGCAUGAUGAGGGGGAAGUAAUAGCGCUGGACAAGAUAGCAGACAGAGUGAAAAAGAUUGAACAAAAUGCUGCACUACUAAAUUUGAAUUGUAUUAAAGCUUUUUGUUAUGAUGGUACUAAAGCACUUACUGAUAGCAAAAUAGAUGGACAAGAAGGACCUCCAUUCUUACCUGCGUCAUUUGACAGGAUACUUCUUGAUGCUCCGUGCAGUGGAAUGGGACAGAGGCCAAAUUUGGCUUAUUCGUGGUCUUUAAAAGAAAUAACUUCCUAUCAGCCUUUACAGCGCAAGCUUUUUAGAGUGGCAGUGCAACUGCUAAAGCCAGGCGGCAUCCUAGUAUAUAGUACGUGCACAAUUACCCUUUCUGAGAAUGAAGAGCAAGUGGCUUGGGCACUAGAAACUUUUCCUUGCCUCCAACUAAAGUCACAAAAGCCCCAUGUUGGAGGAGAAGGCAUGAUGGGAGCUGGACUGUCACCUGAGAAGCUGAAACUGCUACAGAGAUUUGAUCCAUCUGAAAUUAUUUUGCAGGGAAUUGACUGUUAUUCUUUGCAAAAUGUCAACUACGAAGAUUUGAUACGUCUAGCAAACAAAGACUGUAUAGGAUUUUUUAUUGCAAAAUUUAUAAAAGUGCAAUGAAAAUUACUUUAUACAUCAAUGUAAAUAAAUAUAUGCUUUCCUUUCAGUCUUUGGAGUGUUCCAAACUGUGCUUUGUGCUCCAGCUAUGUUGCCAAGCCAACAGACUGACGACAUAGUUGCCAUAGCAGCAGUAAAAUCAGCCAGCUGUUUCUCCUGGGAGAAAUCCGCAGGUUGGAGAAACAAGUCUACAGAAAUGGGCCACUGUAAUUUGGAAAGUUUUAAAGUUUCAUUUGGUUUUACAUUAACAACAGGUCACUAAUUAUGGAAAAUUGUUUGCUCAGUUUAUCCAUAUAGUUUUGUUUACUAUCACACACAGUAGUAAUCUUACUUUCAAACUAUACCAUACUGAGUUCAAAAUAAAGUUUGAAUGGAUUUUAAUACACUUUAUAACACCUUACAGAUUGCUUUUGAAAAACAAUUUUAUGGUAUUAAAGAACAUUUAAUCAAAAUUGGUAUUAAGUGAGCAUUUGACUGCUUUUUAUUAUCAUUAAUUUGAGAGCUUUCUAACUCCUUCUCCACAAAAUUAAGUGUUUUGCUUGGCCCUAUCAGCACAACAGUGCAUGUUCCCUUAUAUCUCAGGAAUGCUGACAUUCCAAUAACAGAUGUGUUUGAUUCUGGAGCAGAAUCAAAGAAGAAAUACUGAGCUGAAGAAGCAAGGGAAAUCCUCUGA